AUGGCGUGUUCGUGGGAAAGAUUGCCUAUAGCUGUGAUCAGUUCUUCUGUUGAAUAUAUACGGCAGGUCAUUCUUUUUCUAACUGUUCAUUUUUCACAUUGCUAUGACCCUUUGGAUCCAGACGGAAGUAUUACUAUAACGUUCGAUAUUUAUCAAUGGAGACCCGACGGCUACGAGGCAAUGGUCACAGUUCAAAACUUCUAUCAGUACCGCCACGUGGAGAAACCUGGUUGGAAGCUAGGAUGGACAUGGACCCAAAAUGAAGUAAUCUGGACUAUGACCGGUGCUCUUGCCCUCCGACAAGGGAACUGCUCAGCCUUCAAUGUCCAAACAGCACACUCGUGCAAAAGAGAUCCAGUCAUCGUUGAUCUCAUGCCAGAAGCUCUUCCAGAAAACCGUACGGAGAACUGUUGUCGUGGUGGCCUUGUUUCAGCUUGGGGCAUCGACCGUCGGAGAUCCUUGUCAUCUUUUGAGAUGCUCAUCGGCAACUUGGGUGGGCCCAGAAGCUAUAUGCCUGAGAAUCUCACGUUCUUGGGACCCGGCCCCGGUUACACUUGCGGCCCACUUGCGGACUUCCCACCUACAGUGUUUUCAUCUACUGAUGUUAGAAGAGAAAUGCAGGUUUUCAGGACAUGGAAAUCAACGUGUACUUACUCUAAUUUCCUGGCGAACAAGGUUCCCAUAUGCUGUGUUUCGCUUUCCACAUUUUACAACUCCGACGUCACACCAUGCCCUACCUGCAGCUGUGGGUGCCGUCUAGCUGACAAAAACACACUCUCUUGCAUUAGUAACGAAUUCUCAACGUCAUUGUCUACCGAGCUGGACCAUUUGGUGCGGUGCACGGACCACAUGUGCCCGGUGCGGGUCCAUUGGCACAUAAAAAACAAUUAUAAAGAGUACUGGAGGGUGAAAUUAACAGUAUCCAAUUACAACUUCGGCACCAACUACACUGAUUGGAAUGUUGUUGUCCAGCAUCCUGGGUUUGGUCAGUCUAUUGAAUAUUACAGCUUCAACGGUACAACCCUCGGCACUAUACGGUUAGCCGAUGAAGUGGCUCUCUUUUGGGGUCUAACUUUCUACAAUGAUGUGCUUCUACAAGCCGUUGAAGAUCAGCCAGGAUCAGUGACGACGGAGAUACUCUUGCACAAGGAUUUGAAUACAUUUACGCUUGAGAACGGGUGGGCCUUCCCUCGAAGGGUCUAUUUCAACGGUGAAAACUGUGAAAUGCCGAUGCCAGACAAUUUUCCGGGCCUACCUAACUCUAGCUCCAAUCAUGGCUAUGGAAUUUUACCCCUCAUUCUAGCCCUUUUUUUGAGUUUCAAGAUACUACUUUGGUUGUGA